CUGCUCCGAAGCUGUCACAAAGCAUAACAAAACCUGCGCAAACUUUAACCUUCACAAGACAGAGAAAAGUGCUAGAGGAAGGACGUACUCGUCGACCGAGAGUGUGGUUUUUCCGACUGCGGUUUAUAACGGGCCGUUGUGUUGUAUAAAAAAAAAGAAUACGGAAAUUAACAAUUGAGUUAAAAAUACAAAAGUCAGGAAAGAAAGUUUUUCAAUUUCAUGAUUAGAAAGUUGAAAUAUAUCCAAAAAGGCGAGAAAAACCCGUUACUCGAGCCUGCGAGUACCGGAGAAAAAUUGAAUUUUGUGCGUCACGUAUUUUUUUGGAAAAUUCGCGUCAUUCUAUAACUCGAAUUGUUACGUGUUUCGCAGUGUAUAAAAUAACAAACAAAAAAAAUAAAAAUAAAGGACAAUUGUAGUCAAAGAAAAUAGGUUGACGGUUCCUGUCGUUUGCGAGACAAAAACAAAAAACAUCAAGUCGCGUCCACCAUCUUUGUGCCUCCAGCUGUGCUUAAAAAAAGAGAGACGGAGUCUAGUCGCCAGGGCGUUUGUUCGGGGUGUUUUUAGUGUGAGAAAAAAGGUGACCAAAGGUCACCGAAUGUGGUCAAAUUCGCAAAUUAACAGUAGAAGCAGGACUGUUGGAAAAAUAGAAACAUCUAGGCCGAGGUAGCAUUGCGCUUGUGGAACAGGAGGUUCACGGAGUAACCCCACCAAGCUCUCCUCCGCGUUCCCCUUACUCUCUUGUGUCCUGAAUAACUAGAUUAUUGCGCAGUUAUUAAAAUCGCUUUAUAAUCCGGUCAAGGAACGAGAUUUCAAGAGAAUCAACAUUCAAAAAACGUGUCCCGACCAUCAAAAUUGACGGGAAGAUCUGGUGUUUUAUGGGAGAAGGAGCGCAAUAACAAAAAAAGCAGUCAAAAUUUUGUGAGCCAUGACGAAUUCAACGCCAAAGUUGAACGAUAAAGUGGAGAGGCAGGGAUCGCCUAGCACAGGAGGAAAGAGGAAUAGCCAGAGAUGUGGCUUAAUAAAAACGACCUUCAUAUUUCCAAGUGGAGGAGGACGCUCAAAGGGUUCUCCAGGACGAUUAAGUUGCAGUCCACCGUUUUCAUCGCGAAAUAAUAAUAACAUUAACAACAACAACAAUAAUAAUAAUCUAAUACGUACAUCACCGACGAAAACUGAAAGUCCACGUGGCAGUCCAACGAAUAGUUUUUAUGCAGGAGCAAAAUUCUCAGAACCACCAUCGCCAGCGAGCCUUCCAAAACCGCCAAGUCACUGGAUGAGUAUAAUGGACACAUGCCACAAUUCUGGACGUUCCUAUAAUAUCAACGAUCAUCUCAAAAUGCUUUUAAACGUUCAGGCUUGAUAUCCAACAACAAGAACAACAAUAAUGCAUGGUUCGCGAGUGGCGUCUCCGUCUCCCCGGAGGAGUAGAGACAGGUAUAGUAACCCAAAAUGGACUUUGGACAAAUCAAUAUCUAAUUCAAUUAAUUAAUGAUUGAAAAAGCAAAAUUUUUCAAAAAUCAAUUUUUAAAAUGGAUAAAAAAAAGAGGGUGCUAGCGCCAUGUGUUCCGUGCGUACGUCGUGUUUAGGCUUUUAAAAAACCCUGUUCCUAUAAAAAACAAAAAGUAGACUACAGACUUUGAUACACGUUUCUGCUAUAAUUGCAAAUGAGAAAAAAAAGCCCAGCGAUAAAAAAACGUCUACCGUCAAACUACCUUUCGAUGUGUAAUAAACAUUUAAUGAAUCUACGCGCCCUGUAUAAAAAAACUGUAUACAUAUGUAUUUUAGAUUAUCAUAUAAUAACGAAACACAUUCACACACACACGCCGUGAUAAAAAAAAAGUAUAUCGACUUUUCAAACCAGAAAAAAGUCCAUAUACUCAAAGAAUUUCGAGAGAUAAGCGCAAAGCUGCACAAUGGGUUUUUUAAACGAUGCGCUUCAAUACCGUUUUUUAAUUAUCAAAAAAAAAAAAAAAAAAAUCCCCCCCCACGGACGAUCUUUUGAACACGUUUUUUUUUCUCUCCUGACUUUAUCAAUUUUUUCAAACAUUGAUUGAAAAAAUUGCAUUCGAUUUCAUGAAAUUGAUUCCUUUUUUUUGCACUAAUCGAAGGGAGGAUGAAUUUAUUUUCGUUUAUCAAAGACUUUGUUUUUUUUUUAAGUUUUUUUCGUGGCUUUGUAAGUAUCUCUCUCUCUCUCUCUUUUUCUCUCUAAAAAAAAUUUAAACAAAUCGGUGUAUUUAAACAAAAAAACAUCUUCGUGAGAUUAUUUUUUUUUAUUGGCGUGUUUGAUACGACGAACGAAUCAUUGAUCGAAUGAAAAUGAAUCUGACCAUGUGAGUCUGAAUAUAUAAAUUUGUGGGUGAUAAUAUUUCUAAGUAAAAUUAUUAUGAUUAAAAAUUGAGCAAAUCCAUUUUCGUUGAAGCGAAAUAUUUUAUUGAAUCGCGAAUAUUUUUCCCAAGUUCCCACGAAGCGAACUGGUAUCGCAAAUUAUAAUUGCAAUUAUAGUUUUUUUUUUUUUUUUUUUGAUUCGAAAAAAUUGAAGGGAAAAUUUGUGGAGAUUUAAUUAUAUUUUUAAUAUUGAGAUAUAUAUUUUUUCUUGUUAUUAUUUUUCUAUCAGGACCAUCGAUGAAAAUAUUUUAUUCUCUAGAUUGAAAUAAUGAUAAAACAUAAAUAAAUUGAAAAAUAGCAAUUAAAUUCCGCGGCUUUCGAAAUGAAGAUUGAUUUGCUCAAUAGGAAAGAAACAAGUUACUUGUUUCUUUGUUUCCAAUUAAUUAUUAUUAUGAUUCAAAAGCGAUUUACAUUUAUGAUAUAUGUAUUAUUUUUUUUUUUUUACUUAAAAGUGGUAUAAAUUUUCGUUUAGAAUUUCUAAUGCAUGGGUUGCAUUAUAUUUUGGUUUAUUUAUUUCUUUUUUAUAUCGCUUAGUGAUCAAAAAAAAAAAUUAAUCAAUGUUUAUUUUUUUAAUCUGUAAGUUUUUAUUAUUGAAAAUAUUAUAAUUAUAAUAAUCUUGAUAUUGUAUAAUUAUAACUACUUAUAAUUAUAAUCUUGAUGUUUAUGAUUAUCUCGAUAUUUAUAAUUAUCUUGAUGUUUAUAAUUAUAAUAAAAAAUGAAUUGCGCAAGUCGCUUUCAUUUCUCUUUUUUUUUUUUCUUAAAAAUUGUGAUUGGCUUGAGUAUAUGUGAGUUUGAAUUUAAGAAAUGAAUGUGAAGGGAAAUUUAUGAUUUUGGGUAUAAUUGAGAAAUAUUUGGAUUGUGUAAAAAUUUGUCAAGAUUAUGAAAUUUAGACUCUCGUUUAAUAAUUCAGUCAUGCAGUAAAAUCACGUUUAGUUUUUUUUUUUCUCGUUUUUAGUUUUUGAAAAGAGGAAUUUUUAAAAUGGUAUCUAUAGUAUCUGAAUAUCACGGAUCAAGACUUUGAUUGAUUUAAUCCAAAGGACAAAAUUUGCAGAUUUUCAUUUUUCAAGUAUUUUUUUUUAUUUUUUGCUAAAUGACGACUUCUUCAAAAUUACAUAUCAAUUUGUGCGAAAAGAACUUUCAUUUUUUUUAGGAAAAUACGUAAAAAUUUAAACGUUCCCGUAAAUUUCAAUUUUUCGAAACAUUUUUAUUUUUUAAAAUUAAUUUUUUUUUUGUUUUUAAAGAGACGUACCGAAAAAAUAGACUUAAGAUCUAUUUCACUUUUUUUAUAUUUUUUCUUUUGACAAAAUUUAUUUCUUAUUUAUUUUAAAAAAUUUUAUUGAAAAAGAAAAUUCAGCAAUGAAAAAAUUGAUAAUUGUACUUUGUUGAAGUCGAAAGAAAUUGAAAUCUCAAAAAAGAAAAAAUUUGUAUAAUCAAUUGACAACGUCACGUUUUUCAAUAAAUGAAAAUGUUUUUGUAUUGUACUUGAGACGUUCGUUUUAAGUAGAGAGUAAAAAAAAACCGGUGAUUAUUUUUUUAUUCUUUAGCCAGUAUUCAGAUCUCUUGUUUAAUUGCGUGUUAUCUAAUUUUAUUUAAAUGGUAAUUGAUUCGUAAAUUCUGAUGAUUUUAUUUGCAAAUCAGUUACUGCGAGAGGGAAUUUGUAAUUAUUUGCCAAUUACAAAAAAAAGAAAGAAAAAAAAUACUUUUUAAUUAGUUUUAAAUAUAAAAUUUCGAAUAGAAAUGUUAAAUUAUAGUUUUUAAUCUAAAUAUUCGAUGUGAGGAGAUUUUAACAGAUUUUUAUCUCCGAGACGAUUGAGAAAGAAAAAAAAAUCCCAGUGACGUUGUUUUUUUGAAAUACGGAUUUUUUUCAGUAAAAAUAAAUUUAUUUACAAUAAUUGUUACAUAUAUCUGAAAUUUUGUUGCUUACGAUUUAAAUUUACUAGUCCAAUCUGUGUUAAUUAAAAAAAAUCGAAAUUAAAUUUUUACUAGAAAGAAUUUUUUUUCAAUUUUUGUCAAUCUUUUUCAAUAUUUUCAAAUUUUUCAGACAAAAUCAUUUUUUUUAUAUCGAUAUGAUUGUAUCAAUAUAUAAAAAAAAAUUGAAAAUAAUUCUUGUCCGGAAAUUCUGUACAUAAACAAUUGGUCGAGAUAAUAAUUUUUAUCAGUAUUAAUUAUUUUGUAAAUAAAUGACACGCGCUUUAACGUCAGCGACACGGGUAUCUUAACAUUUUUUUUAUUUUCCUUUUCAUUUGCAUGAAAUCUUUUUUUUAAUUUCAAAACAAAUCGAGUCGUUUGAAGAAAUGACAUUUUAUUUUGAAGAAAGAAAAAAUAUUAAUUAAUACAAUCAGGGAAAAAGGAGAAAAAUCAAUCGGUCGAACGAUGAAAGAAAAAAAAAAUAUAUCUUAGCUGUGAUGAUGACUCUAUAGGUACUAAUAAGUUUUAAUUAAUUACUGAUCUAUGUAUAUUAUAUACACAAUGCGCAUAUAUAUAUAUUAUAUAUAUAUAUAAAUAAAUAAAAUAUGUACAUGAUUAAUAAUAGGAAAAAAAGUAAUUAAUAAUUGUACAAUAAUAAUAAUUUUAAACAGUCGAAUGUAAGGUCAUAAUAUGAUAUUUCCAAGUAUAGAAAAACGAGCAAUAUUAUUGAUUCGCGACACUAACAAUGUUUAUUGAUACAAAAACAAAUUGUAAAUUAAUAAUUAACAAUGAACGUUGAAACACAGAAUAUUUCCCUUUUUUUUAUCGAUAUAAAUAUUCAAAUCAAAAUUCUGCUUUUCAGCGAUCAUUGUUCUUUCUAAAAGUGGGAUUUUAGAUUUACAAAUGCGAUGACGAAUGGUUGGGUCAUUCGGAAAAAAUAUAGCAAAAAAUAAAUAAUUUUUCGGUAAAAAAAUCGUACAGUUGAAAAAAAUGAAAUGUUUUAAUGAAAGUAAAAUUUUUUAAUUUGCAUUUUCGAUGGCCCCCCCAAUCGAUCGGCACUUUUUAAUGUGAUAUCGUAACGUACAAAAAAAAAUCGUCGCAAUUGAUCCUUUUCUUUGCAAAAAAAAAAAGAAAGGAGCGAAAAAAAAUGAUUUUCUAUUAUUUCAAUGAGAGAAAAAGAAACUUUUUCGAUCAGAAAAAAAGAAAAUUAUUUUUUUUGGCGCGAAAAACUGAACAUGGUUUUGUAAAAAAAAAGAAAAGUCGCGCAUUAUCCUAAAAUGCCAAUCGGGGAAUAGCGUUUUUUAUUCUAAAAUACAAAAAAAUAAAACACGACCAAACCAGAAUUUGGAACAAGGUCGUUAUCAUCUCUUCAUCGCAGAGUUCAUCUUCUCCCUUCGUUUUCUUUUUUCUAUUUCUAUAAAAAUACAAAAAUAUGUACAUAAAUAUUUCACACUGAAUGCAAUUCUCUCAAUUUUAUUAUAAGUUUUAAAUGAAAAAAAGCAGGAAAAUCAAUUUUCAAAUUGAAAUCAAUUUCAAUUUUUUUUCAAAAAAAAAAAAAACAAGUUUAUUUUUAAUCGAGGACCAAAAGAAACGAAAUUUCCUUCUUUUCGGCAAAAUUGAUUUUUAUUCCGUUCUUUUCGAAUUUGAAAAUAUUUUUUUAAUUUUAGUCUUAUUUUUAGAUUAAGGAUUAUUGAAGCACAUCGGAAAUAAGGCCAAUAAUGCUCGUUCCCUCUUUUGCAUAGAGAGAAAGUUAAUUUUUUUUUUAUGUAAAUGAAAAUAACAAUUUUUUUUAUUCGAAUUAAAGGAAAAUUUUCACUUUGUGCAAAAUGAGGCGAUCGAAUAAAUCUGUCCAGUUGCAAAUUUGCAGCUUUUUUCUCUCAUUUUUCUCAUUUUUCGUAUAAAAAUAAAAUAGUAUAAGAAUAAUCCAGGACACAAAAUACACAAACAAUAUGUCAUACUCAUACGAGCCAGCAUACAAAUAAUUAAUGAAAAAACAAAAGCGCGAUACCACAUCCGUUAUAAAAUGAUUAAGCCUUAAAUUUAGAAUCGAGUUUACAGCUGGGGAAAAAAAGGGAGUAAACGUAAAAAAACAAAAAACAAAAAAAAAAACAAAAAAUACUUCUUCUUUCCAAAGAGGAAGAGAAAAAAAUGUCAAUAUUAAUUUAAUCGAUUCGUUAAUUUCCAAAUAUUAAACCCCGAUUAGAAUUAAUAUUGACAUUUUAAUGUAAGUCAAUAAGAAUUUUUUAGAUAUUAUCUCUAACUGUGAGAAAAAAAAUCUAGCUUUAUCAUUUUUGUGAUUCGUUAUAAUUCUAUAAAUGUCGAUAUUACUGUAUUUUAUAAUAGAGAAUAUCAUUUCGGAAUUAAUUUGAAUGAGACGCAAAAUAUUGUACGACCGAUUUUAUUGAGUCUAUCGGAAAAAAAUUCCUCUAAAUGAAAAAUUAAAGAAAAAAAGACUUUGAACAAUAAAAUCGGUGGUUCAUUGUGUUCGAUUUAAAUCUCCCUUUUUUUUCUUUUCUUUUUUUAUUAUUAAAAAAAAAUAUAUAUAUAUUCUUAAUUCAUUUAGUAUAACGCUCUGUGAGUUCACGCGACCUUUUUAAAAGUUUGCAGAUUUUUUAUUGAAAAGGAAAAAAAUAAAAUCGCGUGAGUUCCCAAAGACGUGACUGAUUUCAACACAUAUAUAUAUAUAAAUAUAAAUAUAUAUAAAUAUAUAUUUAUAUAAAUAUAUAUUUAUAUUUCUGAAAAAAAGAAUUGGCUCUCCUAUCUUAACAUCAUUUUUCGGGGUUUCUUCUUUUUUUUCGGAAUGAAAAAUAAGAAAAACAUUACUUUUUAUAUAUUAUAAGAGUUGCGGACUAGUUGCGUUCUCGUCCGUCGUAAAUUCUGCUGCGCGUUCAGCAAAAAAUCGUACUGAUUAUUUUAAGAGAAAUAAAAAAAAAAAUCGAGAUUCGAUUAUGUACCUUGAUAUAUCAAAAGAUAUGUUUAUCACAACAAAAGCAAACAAAAAAAAAAACUGAAAAUAAAAAUGUGUUAAAAUAGUACGAUGAUUGUGAAAGUAUUGUGUAUGUGAGCGUGAAACAAACCGACAGAGUGCUUCCUUGUUCAAAGAAAAAGGGCAUAUUUUCUUUAUUUUCUCCAACAAAUUAUGUAAAAAAAAGCCAAUUUAUUUGAAAAUGUGCUCUUUUUGUAUUUUUUUUUUGUAUCCAUUAUAAUGUUUGACGCUCUCAAUAAAAUGGACAAGUGGUGAAAAAAAAGAAAUGGAAAAUUUAAAAAAAAAAAAUACUUCGGUCCGAAAAUAGAAAAUUGGAACGUCAAACAUUCAAGC